CCAAUCAGAGGACGUUUUGGUGCUGCGGCUUUAUUUGACUUCAGAGACUCGCUGUGUAGACUCGUGAGCUGGGAGAAAAACUGCACGUUCGUAGUGUUUAUCUGCAGUUACAGUUUAUAUGAUAGGUUAUUAUGAAGCUUUCGGACAAAUGUAGCUACUAAUUCAUGUUUUGUCAAGAAAAGUCCACGGUGUAAAGCAUGUGACUCAGUGGCAUAUAUCCUGUGUUGCCAAGUUAGUUAGCAGAAAGAGGAGCUCUGCAGUCAUCAGCUGGUGCAUUAAUAAGCCCUUCCAAUGUCUUUAGUCGAGGAUUUUCUGGAUGUGCUGCAUGUCGUCCUGGAGUACUUUGGAGUGCCUCCAGACAUGCUGGUUCCGGUGUGGGACAGUCAGCUGUGUGGUCAGCAUCGCAGCAUUGUACGGAUGGUUGGGACCAGCCUCCCGCUCACACCUACACCACGCGUCCACUUUCAGGUCCCUCUGCUCACCAACAGGCCGCACGGUUAUGUCGACGUCACUGUGGAGACGCGUGCCAUCCCCUCGUUCGCUGACGUCCUGUGGGUGUUUGAGGAUGAGGGGGAGAGCUUCGCCAAGACCAGGAACCAUUUACCUCCAAAGAAGCGAAGUACUGUAAAUCGAGAUGUGGUGAGAUACCCAGGACCGGCCCAGAAUAAAGCCCCGAGAGGAGGCAGCUCUGCGAAGCCGACGACAGAUUCAGACGCCCUGAAGAAGAUCACAGCGCUAGAGAGUCAGCUGCUCAAACUGCAAGCUCAGAUAGCCAUGAUCGUUACUGCUGCUCCGGCCUCAGGUCUAUGUGAGUCCCGGAGUACCCCAGGCUCGCCUUUGAUGUCUCAGCCACCUCUCACCUCCACACCUCGCUGCUCUGCUCCUCCACCACCGCCUCCACCUCCACCUCCCCCUCCCCCCUGCCCUGGGUCCUCCGCCGAGUCUUCGUCUCUAUUAGAGCUGAUCCGCCAGCGCAGGAAGAACGACAAAAACCUUGACAAGGGUCAGCUCAAGCCUCAGGACUCGGAGGUUAAAGGGAUGCCAUCCAUGCUGGAUGUUCUCAGGGACUUAAAUCAAGUUAAAUUGCGUUCCGUGGAUCGAUCACCGGGGGGCACACCCGUCAGAAAGCGGCGCAGUAGGGGAGGCGCAGCGUUGCUUAGUGACCCGGCGGCUCUUAUCGCUGAAGCGCUGAAGAGAAAGUUCGCCCAGCAUUGCCACAACAACUCCUCCGACAAAGAGAACUCGCUAGAACUCUCGCCGUUCGGCAGUCCAGAUUCACCCAAGGUUCCUAUCCACAUCAGACGCAGUCAGGGGCGCCUCCACCUCUGAACCCCGACAUGUCAAACAUCAGACACCUCAUCCGCCAAUUACAGCUCCCACAGAUGUGCCUCACAAACGGAUUACUCCUGCAGCUACUGACUUAACGUUUCACUUUUUAUUUUCGUUUGUCUAUUCUAUUGUUCUUGUAAGAGCGUUUGUCUCGUGAUGAACAAAGUGCUUGUUUCUGUUACGUAUCUCUUUGUUGGGAAGCUUGAAUGUAUAUUUGUGUUGCUUUUGUACAGUGGAGUCUUAUGUUUCCAGUGUUAUUCAUAUAUUAAUGAUAUCCUUUUAAAAUUAAAUAAUGUGUUUAAGCAGGUAUGCACUAAAGCUUGUAGCGUCCUGCUUUUUAAAGUCACUUUUUAUGGUCUUAUUGUUCUUAACUUUAAAGUGAAAUAAAUAACUGGACAUUGAGAUUCACCAGCUCUAUUCUAUGCAACUGCUGUUUCAGGUUUAUAUUAAAGUUUAAAGUGCACUGAU